UGUGCACCCACUCAAAUUGCCCCUCAUCAUUUGAAGACGUCAAUCGAAAUGUUGAGGACGCUGAUUUUCCUGCUCAUUUUUAGGGCGACCAAUGCGGGAUGGGGCAAAAACGUGUGCCCAUCGUCUUGCAACUGCCAAAUGAGCGAACUCAGGGACGACCUGCUCGCCACCUCGUGGAACCCCGACCAAGACACUGCCAAGGUGGUGCACCCGAAUGAGGCGAUCCAUUUAUCUGACCAAAAGAGUAUUAACUUCCAUGAUGUCUUGAAAACGGCUGUUUGCGUGUACCGAUCUGACGUGGGAAUUGACGAGUGGAUGCACCAACUUCCAUCCGAUAUUGAAGCUCUGACUAUUAUGCAAGCACCUGGAGGUGAAAAAAUGGUUUUUGAGGAGAAACACUUCCAACCCUUCGCCUUCCUGACCUUGCUGGACAUUCAGGGCGCGGUCAACGCGACCCAGAUUGUCCUCAAAAGCAACAGUCUCCGUCCUCUGCGCAGCCUCCAAUUCCUCUCCCUCAGAAAUAUCAGGUUUCAGGGCCAACCUGAGACGGCACCGACACACCAUCCGACGUACUCGCUGCAAGACUUGCCCGCCGACAUCACCCAGUGGAAAAACCAGCAGCCAGCGGAGCCGCCGCACGAGAUUGUCUUUCUGACAGAGGUCGAUCCUUUGCCCUACCCUGUGUACAAAGCGGCCGUCGAGUACGCCGACAUGUCGAUUUUCAAUGGGCUCGAGAGACUCAGGGUGCUCAGGGUGGACAGUUGCGGCAUCAAGGAGAUCAAGUGGCAGAUGUUCCAGGGUCUGCGCAGUCUGGAAUGGUUAUCCCUAGAAAGAAACGAGAUGAUGUUUAUCCCUGACUUUGCAUUCUAUGGCGCACCACACCUGAAACACCUCUCGCUGGCCCACAACCGCAUCCUCUCGAUGCACUUCACCAAUCUCGCAGGUCUUCUCGAGCUCGAAAGACUCGACCUUUCCUACAACAACCUGCCGCACUUGUCGGAACUCUCGCUACCACCCUUUCCUCAACUCUUGGAGGUCGAUUUCCGCAGCAACCCUAUCGAGGCCGUUUACAAAUCCACCUUUGAAGUAAUUAACCGCACCGAGUCACUCUACCUGGGAGGAGAAACGCCGCUGAGUCUUCAGGAAAGUGGUCUUUCAGGACUGGAUUCGCUUAGGUCUCUUGUUAUCACAAAUGCUAAAGCUGAGGUUUUGGAUUUGUCAACCCUGAAGGGAGCGCGUAGGUUGAGGAAAUUGCGGAUUCAGGGUCAAAUCGAUGAAAUCGCCUACGAUGCCUUCUCAGCGGCUACAAAGUUGGAGCAGCUGGUGCUCAAAGAUUGCAAAAUCAAAACCAUCUCCAUGGACGCUUUUUACGGUUUAUUUGGCCUCUCGGUGCUGGAUCUCUCGGACAACCAACUGACCUCCCUUCCACCCAAAAUUUUUGAUCAGUUGACGUCGCUGAAAGAGCUCCAGCUUCAGAAUAAUCAAUUCACAACACUCCCUGAAGACAUUUUCAUAAAACUUUCGGCAAAAAUGAUUCGUCUCGAUGGGAAUCCCUGGCACUGCACCUGUGAAAUGCGAGAGUGGCGGCCGAUGUCUGUCAACAAAGUCAAAAUGCAGGUUGACCGGACGAUUCAGGUUUCCGACGCAAAGGGAGCGCCGGAAGUGACAGUGCAAGGCACUCAGUAUCGCUUUGAGAAAAAAGUGGCUCCCAAAUGCAAAACGCCAGAAAAGUAUGAGAACUGGAGCGUUUUCCACGUGUUACGAAAAGAGCUCAGAUGCACUUUGAGUGACAUUAAAAAGGAGAUUAUUGAGAAGAGGAGAUUUGUAGUCAAAAAAGGCUACUGGGUGAAGAAAAAUCAAGUUGAGGGACUUGUUUCCGAAACUUCAAAGGCAGAAAUUUCAAAACUGGAUAAAGUUACUGUUGCGUCGACAACUGCCAGGUCUGUGGAAACAACCAAGCUCAAGGAAAUCAGCAAUAAAAUUAGUAAUGAGCUGCCGGAGGAGCAAGUUGCCAAGAUUGAUGCAGAGCCUGAAAAUGAACUGUCACCAAUACCAAAAGAGGACAAUAAUCUUAUGGCUAUUCUGCACGACGGAAAAAUGGUUAAAAUUUCCAAGAAGGCACACAAAUUGGAGAUGGAACGCAAACGGCAAGAGAAGCUGAAACGACUGGCACAAUUGGAGAAUUCUCAUUAAUAAACAGGGACUGGAAAUAUUCAACAUUGGAGACUAAUAUAAACAACAAAUUUAGAAUUUUCAAUUAGACAUAUGACCACCAGUGAAAAUUGGUUAAAAUCAAAAUUUUGUUUGAAAUAAAUGAGUAGAAAGAUUAACUUUUAUGAAAUUUAGGGCUUAAAAAUAAACUGAAAAUU